ACACCGACCGAGUCGAGUUCAGUUGUCAACCGACAGCGCUACGAGAAAGACGCCUGCACCCGCCGGCGUGUUCUCCAAACUUACACGCGAUUAACAGCUGCAGCUUGGAUUACAAACUAAACUGAAAGUGUCUAAUUGUGUACAAGUGUAGUGAUGACAUUUAAAUGGAAACACCCUCUAUAUCACCUGGAGUAACCACAGGGAUGGAACCGAGGGACCGACUUGUUGAGGAGAUUCUCCUACUGGCACUAUUCCUGGUGUCCACCGCGGCCAAUUCCUUGGCUUUGCUGGUCUUCUGCAGACGGCCUGGCCUGAGGACCAUAUCCAAUAGGUUCGUCAUUAAUCUACUGGCGACGAAUUUGCUGACGACCUCCCUGCUCGCGCCCGCUCUGUUCGGCGAGCACUCAGCCAGGGAGGACGUGGCCUCGUGGGUGGAAGCCGGCGACGCGGCCGCUUCGGGCUGCAGUCUGGCCGCUCUGCUCGCCGUCAUGCUGAUAGCGUUGGACCAGCACCACGCCGUCACCGACCCUCUCCGCUGCCACACGCGCCUCUUACAACGUCGGCCCGCUGCUCUCUGCGCCGCUACCUGGCUCGCCGCCGGCACCGCCGCGGCCGUCCGCGCCGCCAUCGCCGUCGUCCGCCACUUCUACCCGCUCGAGCCCGUCGUUCAGGGAGUCGAGCUGGCCUACUACAUCGUGUACUUAAUCCUCGGAGUCCUGACUCCAGCAGCCAUCGUCUGCUUUAUGUACGCCCGGAUCUACCGCGCGGCCCGCUCCUCCGGCCUUCGCGCCCGAGCGCAUGGGGCCAGCGCCCUCCAGCUGCAUGAACCUCCGAUGAACCUGCCUGAGCUAGUCGAGGAAGCCGAGGGACUCACCCUCAGGAUUGAUGUGCCCGACGCACCUGAUUCUAACGCGCCGGGAGACAACGACCGCAAGUUUGGCCCUUUCCUUCUACCGCCCGAGCGUCCGCUCCGUUGCCCCUCUGUCGCCAGUCUACGGAACACGCGAAAAGAUGGAAAAUCGAAUGAGGACCUCAGGAAGGGCCUGCCAGCUGUUAGCUCGGCGCCGUCGCUGGCCGCUCCUCUUCUAGCCGUGCAGCCGCGCCCGCCAGCUUCAAACAGUGCCUCAAGGAUUACAUCGAUUCGCUGCCGCAUUUCAAACGCUUCAUUGUUUAGAUAUAGAGAAGAAUCUCGGGCAGCUCGUGUUGGACUAUUGACGGGUGCGCUAGUGAUGUUGCAUAUCCCGCACGCGGCUACCGCAGUGGUGUCAGCCGCCGUGCCAGGGCUGGCUGAUUGCGUGAGAACGCCCGCACUGGCCUUGUUGCUGUUGGCAGCCGCCGCGUCUCCAUUUCUGUUCGCGCUGCGCUCGCGGCGCGUGCAGAGAGAGGCGCGGAGACUGUUGUUGCCGGAGAAGAACGCUUGGGAGCGAGCGUCGGGCGCGGCGUCGGCGGCGGCGGCGGACGGCCAGCGCGCGCGUGCCGCCUUGGAGCUCCUCCGAACCCUGUCUCCUGGGAGCGGGGCGGAGCCGCCGGCGCCGGGAAACGGCUCCGAGGGGGCCGCUUGCAGGGGCUCGUUCAGCUCCGGAGGCAGCACCCAGCUGUCCUCAGCAUCGGACGAGUGACCGCCGCCCCCUCCCCGCGUGCCCCCCCACGCCCUGCGGGUGCAUUUCGCCCCGCGCCCCACCGCUCUACUCAUCUGUGAUACUAGGAUAAGCAGCUCCGCACUGGGAGCGACCGUUAGACUGAUUUAGUAUUAAGUUAAUUUAUUAAUGUGUCCAUGUACCUUUCUGCUGAGCAGACGAUUUUAUUACCUGACAUAAAUGUAUGAAAAUUAAACUCGUAUCGAAGUGUA